AUGAACUGUUCUACGGAUUUGAGAGCACUCAUGGCAACUUCAUCAGAAUCAGAUAAAUCAGCUCAUGAUGACAUAGAAGGUGCAGAUGGAAAUUUCAAGCUGGAAUAUCCUGUAGUUGGAAAAGACUAUGUUAAAUUAUCCUCCAAACCGUUACAUGAAGGCGCUGAUGGAAUCGUGCUUAAGGGUUCGAAUAAGGAAAGAACAAAAAAUAUUGUGAUUAAGAUUGUUAAAAGGCGUACUUUUCAGAAUGAUUCGGAGUAUACUGAAAGUGUGACUCGAGAAUAUGAUAAUAUCAAGAGAUGUUCAAAUAUGAAUAUAAUUAAAGCGAUUGAUGUGGCAAUUGAUCCUACUUCUGGAAAUUUGGCAUUAAUUACUUUAUAUUAUCCCAAGGGAGAUUUACUAGGUUAUCUCAGUGCAAUAAGACGCAAGAAAAUUGAAAUACUGUCCGAAUCAAAGGACUUCAUAUUCAAGCAGAUAGUGAAAGGCGUUGAUUAUAUACAUCAACACGGAAUUGUUCACCGUGAUUUGAAACCAGAGAAUUUCUUAAUAGAUAUAGACGGUAAAAUUAAGAUAGCAGACUUCGGUUACAGUUUAAGAAUUGAUAUUGAUGCAAAAGAGAUAUGUGAUUACUUUACGAGAAAUAAGACUCAAGUAUGCUGUGGAACGAUCAGCUUCAAGGCCCCUGAACUCUUUCGAGUCGACGCAGAAAUUAAGGAAAAUCCAAACGCCAUCUUGAAGUAUAUUCCCGAGCUUGACUUUAUAUCUGUUGACAAUUGGGCAUUGGGUAUUAUAUACUUUCACAUAUAUUUGAUGCGAACACCGUGGGCUAAUGCAGAUAGCGAUGACCUCAAACAUAAAAGCUUUUCAGCAUUCAAAGAACUGUAUCCAACUAGUCAGCACCAAAUUGAUGAUCUUAGCAAACAAUUGGAUGAUCAGAACCUAAAUGUGGCUACUAAUCCAUCAUUAGAUUUGUUCAAAAAAAUUCAUUAUGAUGCAAGACCCUUAAUCUUUGGCCUAUUAAAUCCAAACUUCAAAGAAAGGUUGGAUACGAAGACCUUACUUGAGUCAAAUUGGUUAAAUCAACUAUACGCAGAUUCAAAAGAAUUUGCGAAUUUAAUAAAAUGA